AUGAGUUUCACGGCGAGCAUGUUUAUAUUUUCGUCGCCGGCAAAUCUCGUCAUUGGUCACAUUACCGUACAACAGGUUAUCUACUUCGAACCUGGGACUCUGUACACGAGAUACAUUCUACACGGCGUGGUAGGGUUCUUUCUAAUGGGUUUAGGAACGACUGGAAACGUAUUGUCAAUCGUAGUACUCGCUACGCAGAGUUCAAAUAGCGUCAAUUUUCUUUUGGUCUGCCUCGCGGUGGCCGAUACAUUCUUCCUUGUCAACGGUAUAUUGCUUUACACACUCGGGACAAUCAACAGAUAUAAUGGAUUGUUCAGGGAAUACAGGGAAGUGAUGCCGUAUGCGAUCCCAUUUAUCAACGGCAUGGCUUUCCUGUCUCACUCCCUGACCGUCUGGCUUGUAGUCGUCAUAACAAUAGACCGCUAUAUCGCCGUGUGUUAUCCACUAAAAUCGGUAAACAUCUGCACCAGAGGGCGCGCACGGCGCGUGAUCGCCAUCUUAGUAAUCUCGCUUACGUUGUUCUCGUUGCCGAGAUUCUUCGAGAAGACGGCAGGCUACGUGUACGAUGCAGAACUAGACAACGAGCACGCGAUGUUGACGGUCGUCUACAGGGAGUUCCAUCAGUAUCCAGUCUACAUCUACCUGUACGAGACAGUCCUCUAUGGCGGAUGCCAGUUUUUGUUCCCACUUCUUCUUCUUAUAUCACUGAAUGUCAGGUUACUCUGGGGUUUGAACCAAGCCAGGAUUAACCGAAACAUGAUGCUGUCUUCAUCAAAAAAACAGCAGAAGGACGACAAUGUGAGCACGAUGAUCGUGGUGGUAAUUAGUGUAUUUAUCAUCUGCCAGUUUCCAAAUUUUCUCUCAUACGCCCUCAGACUUUUAGAAGUAUUUGAUUCUUCGAACGCAAUCGUCGUGAAUCCUCAGGGGUCUAGCCUCCUCAAUCCUAUCACCGAGACUUUAUUGAGAAUAAAUUCAUCUGUAAACUUUCUUAUAUACAUGUUGGUCGGUAAAGAGUUUCGAAAAGUUUUGUUCAGAAUUUUUGGUUGUUCUAAACGUAUUAACAAAACCAAGUAA